UUGACUGAUUUUUCCCACAUACCAGAAAUAAGCACCUUCUAAUCCAAAAGCAAUUUCCCUUCUUCCCAUCCAAAAUAAUUCAAUUGCGCGUAGUCAAAUUAUCUCGACGCAAAACACCAGUUCUGAUCUUCAUCUUCAUAUUCUUGAUGGAGAAGUCGUGACCCUUUCACGCCCUUCUCCACCCAAACUAUAGAUCAACGUCCAUAAAUCAGAGGAUUAAUUAAUUAGGACGAACAUUAAUCGAAUAUGGGUCAAGAUGCGCCGAAAAAAAUUGCAAUAAUUGCGGUGAGUUCUCUUCUCCUGGUGGCGCUGGUGGUGGGCCUGCUAUUCGUAAGCCACGACGGGAGCGACAACAAAUCGAAGGUGAAAACAUCAUCUUCGCAGAAGGCCAUCACGGCCAUCUGCCAAACCACAGAUUAUAAAGAGACUUGCUUCAAAAGCCUUAACGGCCACAACAGCAGCGACCCCAAAGAGCUGAUCCAAGCGUCCAUGCAGGCCACCAUCGAUUACAUCAAGGCCACUCUCCAUAACACCACCGCCCUCAAACAAGCUCAGACCGAUCCCCGCGCCCGAGCCGCCCUCGACGCAUGCGGCGAGCUCGGAAACCGCGCCAUCGACGACCUCAACAGAUCAUUCUCCAAGUUCAGCCAGUUCGACAUCACCAACGUCGACGACAUCCUCUUGGAGCUGAAGACUUGGAUUAGUGGCGCCAUGACGCACCAAGAGACUUGCCUUGAUGGCUUCGAAAAACUCCAUAGUGACGCUGGAGCAAGAAUGAAGGACUUACUCACCAUCUCCAUGCAAAUGACUAGCAACGCGCUUGCUAUGGUUGCUGAGAUAUCUACAUUUCUAGAGUCCAUGGGCGUCCAAGGCUACCAACAGACUAGUAGUAGUAGUCGUCGCCGUCGCCGUCUUCUCUUCCAAGAAGACCUUGUGGUGGCGGAGCACGGCAGCUGGGUGGAUGCUGAGAAGCGUAGGCUCCUUGCCGUCGAAGCAGCCAAGAUUAGGCCGAACAUCGUCGUGGCCAAGGAUGGCAGUGGCAAGUUCAAAACAAUCAAUGAAGCUCUCCACCACAUCCCUAAACAUAGUAAUAAAACAUUCGUUCUCUACAUCAAAGAGGGGAUUUACGCAGAGCAGGUACAAAUCAACACCACCUAUACACACCUCAUGAUCAUCGGCGAUGGCCCCACCAAGACCAGGAUCACUGGAAGCUUGAACUUCGUCGACGGAGUCGGCACCUACCAAACUGCAACUGUCGCUGUACAAGGGGAUGAUUUCAUAGCUCGAGACAUAGCUUUCGAGAACUCAGCUGGGGCUGCAAAGCUCCAGGCCGUAGCGCUACGCGCGAGCUCAGACAAGUCGAUCUACUACAACUGCCACAUAGAAGCUUACCAAGACACCCUCUACACGCACGCCUAUCGUCAGUUCUAUAAAGACUGCCUUAUCUCGGGCACAAUCGACUUCAUCUUUGGCGAUAGCGCUGCCAUUUUUCAAGGGUGCACAAUGUUAUUUCGAAAGCCGUUGGACAACCAACAAAACAUCAUAACCGCUCAAGGUAGGUUGGACGUGCGGCAGCCGACGGCGCUGGUCCUUCAAAACUGCACAUUCAAAGCAGACGCGGAGCUGCAGGCAGUUAAGAACAAGAUCAAGUCGUACCUGGGCAGGCCAUGGAAGGAAUACUCAAGGACCAUCAUCAUGGAGUCGUUUCUCGACGAUUUCAUCCAUCCGGAAGGAUGGAUGCCUUGGGACAAGACCUUCGCCUUUGAAACCCUCUUUUACACUGAAUUUAACAACAGAGGCCCAGCUUCGCCCAAGGCGCAACGCGUCAAAUGGCCCGGCGUCAAGGAGGUGCCGCCCAAUCGUAUUAAGCGUUUUACCGCUGCAGAGUUUCUCGACGGCAACCGAUGGAUACCUCAACAUAGAGUGCCUUAUGCGGCGGGAUUCAUCUUUCCUGUGCCUAAGGAAGAUCCUAACAUUAAGUACUCACCCAUCUCGACGGAGGAGACGAAAGAUUUGGGAUCAAUAGCUGAAAGAAAAAAGAAAUCCGAUUCUAAUAACUCUAACAAUAACAAAGGAAACGGUGGAACUCCAACUCAUCCACCUGCAUCUCCAUCUCCACCUUCUUUGACUACGACUCCAACUCAGACCCCUGCUACUCCUAUUGCCGCUUCUCCUAGUUACACUCCACAGUCAAGCAUAGCAGCUCCACCGACACUUGCACAACAAGUACCUAGUGGAAGCGUCGUUUCUCCUUCAUCUCUCGAAGUUGGCGUUGGCUCAGACGCCUCGGCUCCUAUUGGUAGCUGGAAUAUAGAAACUGGGGAGUUGAUUAUAGAUCUCUCUCCAGCUCCAGCUCCAGCUCCUACUCCAAGUUCGGAUACAUCAGAACCUCCAAGUCUCUCUCCUGCUUUGAGUCCAUCUGCCACGUCUCCAGCAACCACUCCAGUUCCGACUUUAAGUCCGAUGGCCGCAUCACCUAGCAUCACUCCAGUUUUGGCUUUGAGUCCGCUGGCUGCAUCAUCGGCCAUCACUCCAAGCCGUGCUCCAGCGUCGUCUCCUCAAUCGAGUGCACCUAUUAUGCCAUCUCUAUCUCCUAAGGGCAAUCCGACUUCAACGCAUCUGUCAAAUGCAGUUGCUCCUUCACCUAGUGGUGGUUUGGCGCCGCCUCCUCGGAAAGCUACGACUGCUUCUCCGACUGGCGCUCCUCAGUUUCAGUUAUCACCACAGACCACUCAAGCUCCUACUCUUACUGGUGCAUUGUAGAACUAAUUUAUUAAUUUUUCGGUUUCUGAAACUAUACUACCAAGAAUCAAUACAAUUCAGAAUAUAUAUAAUAUGCACAUAAAUAUGUA